AUGAAUUCAGUUUGUUUAGAAAUGAUGAAAGGCAUAUUGAUGGUGUGUUUGGUGUUGCAGAUUGUCUCUGCCAAACAGCCAAUUAGAUGCAUACAAAGAGAGAGGGAAGCUCUCCUUCAAUUCAAGGCUACACUUGUGGUUGACUACAACAUGCUCUCGUCAUGGACCACUCCAGAUUGUUGCCAAUGGAAGGGAAUUCGUUGCAGCAACCUUACUGCCCACGUACUCAUGCUCGACCUUCACGGAGAUAAUGACAAUGAAGAAUAUUCACUCCGCGGUGAGAUCCACAAGUCAUUGAUGGAGUUGCAACAAUUACAGUAUUUGAACCUCAGUUCGAAUAAUUUUCAAGAUAUUCAUAUCCCAGAGUUUUUCUCUUCUCUUAACAACUUGAGAUCCCUUGAUCUCUCGUAUGCUGGUUUUGGUGGAAAAAUUCCAAGUAAAUUUGGGUCUCUCCCACAUUUGAAAUACUUAAAUCUUGCUGGGAAUUCUUUGGAGGGUUCAAUCCCUUAUCAACUUGGAAAUCUCUCCAUGUUGCAGCAUCUUGAUCUCAGUGACAAUUAUUUAGAAGGAAAUAUACCAUCUCAGCUUGGGAACCUGUUCAACUUGUUAUCUUGA